UCAGCACAAACGCAAGCAGAGCCAGCAACACCAAAGAGGGAGAGGGAGAAUGAGGGAGAUCCUUCACAUCCAAGGAGGCCAAUGCGGUAACCAGAUUGGUUCCAAGUUCUGGGAGGUGGUCUGCGACGAGCACGGAAUCGAUCCUACAGGUCGAUACGUCGGUAACUCUCAGUUGCAGUUGGAGAGGGUGAAUGUUUACUACAAUGAGGCUAGCUGUGGCAGAUUUGUUCCCCGUGCGGUGCUCAUGGAUCUUGAGCCCGGCACCAUGGACAGCGUUCGAACUGGCCCCUAUGGCCAAAUUUUUCGUCCGGACAACUUUGUUUUUGGCCAGUCCGGUGCCGGAAAUAACUGGGCUAAGGGUCACUACACUGAAGGAGCUGAGCUUAUUGACUCUGUUCUUGAUAUAGUUCGCAAGGAGGCUGAGAACUGUGACUGCUUACAAGGGUUUCAAGUGUGUCAUUCCCUUGGUGGGGGAACUGGAUCAGGCAUGGGCACUCUUCUUAUUUCAAAGAUCAGGGAAGAAUACCCCGAUCGCAUGAUGCUCACUUUCUCGGUUUUCCCAUCCCCUAAGGUCUCAGACACUGUCGUCGAGCCCUAUAAUGCAACCCUCUCUGUUCACCAGCUCGUCGAGAAUGCAGACGAGUGCAUGGUCCUUGACAAUGAAGCACUCUAUGACAUAUGUUUCAGAACUCUCAAGCUCACCACACCUAGCUUUGGGGACCUGAACCAUCUAAUAUCCGCAACAAUGAGCGGAGUCACUUGCUGCCUUCGAUUCCCAGGACAGCUGAACUCCGAUCUACGAAAGCUUGCGGUCAAUCUGAUCCCCUUCCCUCGUCUCCACUUCUUUAUGGUUGGAUUUGCUCCCUUGACCUCCCGCGGAUCACAACAAUAUCGGUCCUUAACCGUCCCCGAACUGACACAACAGAUGUGGGACGCUAAGAACAUGAUGUGCGCUGCUGACCCUCGACACGGUCGCUACCUUACCGCCUCCGCCAUGUUCCGCGGCAAGAUGAGCACGAAAGAAGUCGACGAGCAGAUGAUCAAUGUGCAGAACAAGAACUCGUCAUAUUUCGUCGAGUGGAUACCCAACAAUGUUAAGUCCAGCGUCUGUGACAUACCACCUAAAGGACUGCCGAUGGCGUCGACAUUCGUUGGCAACUCGACGUCCAUCCAAGAAAUGUUUAGGCGCGUAAGCGAACAGUUCACCGCCAUGUUCAGGAGGAAGGCUUUCUUGCAUUGGUACACCGGGGAGGGGAUGGAUGAGAUGGAAUUUACCGAGGCCGAGAGCAACAUGAAUGAUUUGGUUUCCGAGUACCAGCAGUACCAGGAUGCAACCGCAGACGAUGAGGGUGACUAUGAGGAUCAAGAAGAUCUGGACCAGGGAAGCUAAAGUUGAUGCGCGUUGGUGUUUCUUUCUUUCAAUAAUAGCUUGCGAUCAUAUUAUUUUGAUUGAGAGGGUGAUGAGUGAAAUUGAUGUGCUGGUUUGUGUCUCUGUGUUCUGCUGUAUGAAAUUAAGUAUAUUUGGAUUGAUAAUGUUGUCAUUGUUCAUCACUUUUUGUCA